UUAUAAAAUUACUGAAAUAACUGUUUAUAGUUAACUGAAAAAUACGUUAAUUCCUAACCUGUGUGAUUUGUUUAACUGCAUACCCAGCAGGAUAUCAUGUUUAAUUGAUAAAAUAAUAAAAAUACCUAAAAAAUCUAUACCUAUACAUAGAUAUUGAGAUAGUAUAUAUACCUCAGUAAGUUAGUAUAUAUAUAUAUAUAGAUAUUUUUGGUUGCUGAUUUGGACGCAUUUGUGAAAAUUGCUAAUAUGGCAGAAAAUUGUCAACUCUGAUAUUAUAUUGUUUAAGUUUAUGUGAUUUAUUAUUUCUCAUAAUAGUUAACAGUAUUAUAAUUGUUAAGUGGUGAAUUAUAAUGAUUAAAUAACAAACAAUAUAUAUGUGAUUGUGAAAACGUAAAAAAGUGUUUAUUAUUUAGUUGCGCGGUGAACAGUACCCGCGUAAAAUUUAUUCUUGUGUCGACACGUUUAUUUCUUUGCUAUUAUAUAUACAUAUACAUAUAUAUAUUUAAUGUGUAUACAUAGAUCUACGUACACACAUAAAGUCUAAAUACAUCUGCGUUGUUGAAAUCAACACAGAAAAAAACUUAACACAGUGAUUUUAAAUUUAAUAAAUUAUAUUGCAACAUAACUUAUAUCAGAUGGUUUAUUUAUGAUGAGUAUGGUACUAUUUUCGACACUCUAGAUUGAUAACUGGAACUAAAUAAAUAGUGUGAUUGUCAGCGGUCCGAAGCGGGACGUCAGAUUAUUAUUUUUUCUUAAAUUAAAAAAAGCCCCGAGCGUUAAUUGGACAUCAACGUGGCAUUUUAAAUAUUUUCAUCUUAUUAAUUGUCUACAACCAGCUUUGUUUUUUCAAUCCCAAACUCACUUAAAGGUAUUUAUAAGUGGAGAUAACAGGCUAUGGCCAACCUGAACUUUGAGCAGCCACCAAGGAGUAUAGCGACAGCGAGUCUUUCUUCACGAGGAGCUGGCGGAGGGGGCUUAAGCUCUUCCACCCUCGUGGGUCAUGUCACACCUACCUCGGGCAUGUUCUCAGGGUCUGCGAGUACCUCGAGUACGGCGAACUCGGCGAUUGUCGGGGCCAGCAUUUAUCCAGGCGCCUCAGGCGCAGCGUCUCAGUCUGUUGGGCAUCAACCUCAACAGCAACAGCUCUCUCCUAUGGGCACCAGGGGACUGUUUGGCCAGAGAGCUUUUACGGACAGACGAACUAUGCCUUCUCUUGGAAACUCUAAUCCAAUGGGUAGUAUGGGAAGUUUUGGAAUACCUCAGAGUCGGAGUUACGGAUCUCAAGGUGCGAUCAACAAUUUUCAUUCUGUGUUUGGGAGCGGAGGAGGCGGAGACACCAGCACCCCUCCACUGUUAGACCUCUCGGAGUUUCCCUCGUUGACGAAUCGAGGCCAGGGCGACUCCAUGCCUCAACCUAGCCCGAUGCCGGGCAAACAAGCUUAUGAUCCUUAUCUCGUUGCAGUUGGUAUGGUAAAACAGCCGACGUCUGAAGCGAGCGAAUUCACGAUGAGCUCUGAAGACUUUCCUGCGUUACCUGGCACGCAAAGCAGGGAAGGUCCAUCUCCUGGAGGAAGUGUAACGGGGGAUAAAAAUCUCUCGGUUGGUCUUGGUCCUGAAAUCGGUCAAGAUGUACUACAAAAUAAUAGAGCACCUGGUUCCGAAAAGUCACAAGCGUCGAAAAGAGGCAUCCAAACGUCACCUGAUGGAAAAGUAACGAAUAUACCAGCAAGUAUGGUGAAAGAUCAAUUUGGAAUGGUAGGAUUGUUAACGUUUAUCAGAGCAGCAGAAACGGAUCCUAAUUUGGUAUCACUGGCACUCGGUCAAGACUUAACAGCCCUAGGACUAAAUCUAAAUUCUCCUGAAAACCUUUACCAAAAUUUCGGUGGACCCUGGGCAGAGACGUCAUGUCGACCGCAGGAUAUUGACUUUCAUGUGCCGCCAGAGUAUCUCAUAAAUGCAGCUAUAAGAGAUAAGUUGGCACCUGUAAAACUGAACCGGUACAAGGAUGAUCUCUUGUUUUAUAUGUUUUAUACGAAUGUUGGUGAUGUGUUACAAUUAGCCGCAGCGGCUGAAUUGUAUAGCAGAGAAUGGCGGUAUCAUAUGGAGGAGAAGGUUUGGAUUACGCAAGCACCAGGUCUUGGAUUGGUUGAAAAAACUUCGACGUAUGAACGUGGUACUUAUUAUUAUUUUGAUGCGCAAAACUGGAGAAAAGUAGCCAAGGAAUUCCAUCUUGACUAUACGAAGCUGGAGAGUAGACCUCAUCUUCCUACGACCUUUCAUCAAACCCAGCCUUGACUGCAGAUUUCUCUGUGGAUACUUGAGCUGAAUAUGAGCUGGGCGAAUCCAGCAAUUGUAUAAAUGAACAAAUUUAAUAAUCUUUAAUAAAAACAUUAAAUUCGAAGAGUAAUAAAUAAAAAAAAAAGACAUUU